AACAAACCACACUCGCAAAUCGCAACGCAAGUGUCUCUUGCAUUGUCGUUCCAUUUGGGCGCCAAAAAGAAUUCUAGGUUUUCAUUUUUGGCCCUCUUUCAUCUCUCAAUUUCACCCACUCACUCAGGUCUCUAUCUAUAAAUAUAAAUUGUUAAUUUGCUUCUGUGUCUCUACAUUCAUCACUCACACAGAAGAAAAACAACAAUAGUCUGAGAGAAACUAGGGUUUCGAAAAAUGUCAGGGAAGGGGAAGAAGAGGGACGACCUAGACCGCGCUUCCGACGCCGACUCCGACAGCCACGCUCCGCCCAAAAAGUCCCUCAAGAAAGAUUCUGAUGAAGAUCCCGAUUCCAUCGUCGUCUGCGAGAUUUCGAAGAACAGGAGGGUUUCUGUGAGGAACUGGCAGGGGAGGAUCGUGGUCGACAUUCGCGAAUUUUAUGUCAAAGACGGCAAGCAAAUGCCUGGGAAGAAAGGUAUCUCAUUGACCAUGGAUCAGUGGAAUGUGCUACGUAAUCACAUUGAAGAAAUAGACAAGGCAAUCAAUGAGAGUGGUUAGGAAAUGACAGCAACUGUAUUUACUAGUCUAAAUACUACACUAUAGGUUUAGCUAGUUUUUUUUUGGCUUGUUAAAGGCACAAGGGUCAUAUGAUUUAUUUGACUAUGCAUGAAAAGCUGAGGUUGGAACCUUGUGGAUUUUGAUUCUGGAACUCUGGGGAUUUGGAUUUUGUAACUAAUGUCAUGUAAAGUUUCAGUCAUAUAUUAGUAAAGUACUUUUAUUAGCUUA